GCAGCUCAAGACACCCCACGCUCUACCACGACCAACAGGGGAGGCCAGAUCUUUGUCCACCAGCCAGCUACAGCCCAUCUCUCUCAAUCUGCAAGCCUUGUCACAACGACUUGUAUCCGUAUAUCUCGGCUCGCACUCUUCCUCUACAUCCCACUCUUCUUCCUCGUCCUACACAGCUUCAUACCCGCGGCAAGCAAGAUGUUGACCGCCGAGCAAGCAUCACAGAUUGUACAAGAAUUCGACUUCUCUACUGAGCAACUCAAGACUGCCGUGAAGGAAUACCAACGACAGGCUGAAAUUGGGCUUAGCUCAAAUGACUUCCCGCUUGCCAUGAUCCCCACAUAUGUUGUGGAUGUCCCAGAUGGCACAGAGACUGGCACGUAUCUUGCCCUUGACCUGGGUGGUACCAACUUACGCGUGUGUUCCGUCACACUGAACGGAGACGGUACUUUUGAGAAUAGGCAAAAGAAGUCGCCCGUGUCUCGUGAAUUACAGCGUACUGAAAAGGCAGAGGACUUAUUUGGCUUUAUUGCUGAGCAGGUGGAGGCGUUUGUUCGCGAGCACCACGAAGAUGCCUUUUCUGCCACCUCGUCUGACCACCACCUUCGUCUCGGCUUUACAUUUUCAUUCCCCGUGACGCAGACUGCUAUUGACAGGGGAAUUCUGCUUCGCUGGACGAAGGGCUUCGACAUCAAAGCUGCUGUUGGCAGGGAUGUCGUCGAAUUGCUACAAGACGAACUCAAUAAACGAGAUAUCCCCGUCAAUGUCGUGGCACUCGUCAAUGACACCGUUGGCACCCUCAUGGCCCGUUCAUAUGGUUCGCCCGAGGAAGGUGGUGCAGCGAUGGGUGCCAUCUUUGGCACUGGAACGAACGGUGCGUACCUGGAAGACAUCAAGAAGAUCAAGAAAUUAGAUGCGAGCACAAUCCCGGGCAACCCAACACAAAUGGUCGUCAACACUGAGUGGGGAUCGUUUGACAAUGACCUCAACGUGCUUCCUGUGAGUCCAUACGACACGGCCCUGGACAAGAUUACCCCCAAUGUCGGCAUGCAGAUGUUUGAGAAGCGUAUAUCAGGCAUGUUCCUUGGUGAGUUGCUCCGUCAAGCACUCGUGGCUCAUACGAAGCCCAGCAAAGUGGGCGAGGCCUGGUCACUCGACACAGCCGUCAUGUCAGAUCUCGCUAACGACAUGACCUCUGACCUGCAAGCUGUUUCCCAUGUGCUCAAGGACGAUAUUGGUUUGGAAGAUUCACCCGAGACGCGCAAAGCAGUACGUGCUAUCUCCCACGCUAUUGGUCGUCGUGCUGCUCGUCUGUCUGCUGUCCCUAUCGCAGCGACCGCUUUGUCGACGGGUGCGCUCUCGUACGGCAAGACGUACAACAUUGGUGUCGAUGGUUCCGUGAUUGAAUUCUACCCUGAGUUUGAGGCAAUGUUGCGUGAAGCUUUGCGGGAGGUACUGGGCAGGAGUAAAGAGGAGCAAUUCAAGAUUGGUAUUGCCAAGGAUGGGUCGGGCGUUGGCGCUGCACUCGUGGCGCUUUCAACGGUC